GCCGCCGCCCCCGCGGGGAGCCGGGUGGUGUGUUCUUGCCGAAGGGAAACGAGACCCGAUAUUAGAACCGGGGAAGCCCUUAACCUUCCCGGUCCUCCAGCCAGCUCAUGUGUCUUAGAUCGGAUGAGCUGAACAUUAAAAAGACAGAUUGUCUUACAACUCGGUUCGUUUUAGGAUGCCAGGUUACAUUUUAACUUGCACGGUGUAUAACAGACGAUUAAACUUGGGUUACCGAAGGCAGCUAACUCUAAAAUCUAGGCUGUCAUCCCUGAUCGUGUGGCCGCUGCCGAGGGGCGAGGCUUUAAGGGAAUGGGUCUGUUCGUAAUUCUUUACAAGUGCCAUUGUUCUGUUCUAGGUCCUAGGUCCUUGACAAAGACCCAUAGUUGAGCGGGGCUCUGGUGCAGUCUGGUCCUGCCAGGAUCUAAUCAGCGACAUUUUCAAACUAUGUGAAGACCUAUUUUAAGAAGAUUUAUUCUUCUGUGAUGGAGAAGUAUGAAAAAAUUGGGAAAAUCGGCGAAGGAUCCUAUGGAGUUGUUUUCAAAUGCAGAAACAGGGACACGGGUCAGAUUGUGGCCAUCAAGAGGUUUCUGGAAUCAGAAGAUGAUCCUGUCAUAAGGAAAAUCGCCCUUCGAGAAAUCCGCAUGCUCAAGCAACUCAAGCACCCCAACCUCGUCAGCCUUAUUGAAGUCUUCAGGAGAAAGCGGAGGCUUCACCUGGUGUUUGAGUACUGUGACCACACCGUGCUCCAUGAACUGGACAGACACCAGAGAGGGGUACCAGAACAUCUCGUGAAGAGCAUAACUUGGCAGACAUUACAAGCUGUAAAUUUUUGCCAUAAACACAACUGCAUACAUAGAGAUGUGAAGCCGGAAAACAUCCUUAUCACAAAACAUUCAGUGAUUAAACUUUGUGACUUUGGAUUUGCUCGGCUUUUGACUGGACCGAGUGACUACUACACAGACUACGUGGCUACCAGGUGGUACCGCUCCCCGGAGCUUCUGGUGGGGGACACACAGUACGGCCCCCCGGUAGAUGUUUGGGCAAUUGGCUGUGUCUUUGCUGAGCUGCUGUCAGGGGUGCCCCUGUGGCCAGGAAAAUCAGAUGUGGAUCAGCUCUAUCUGAUUAGGAAAACUCUGGGAGAUCUCAUUCCUAGGCACCAGCAAGUAUUUAGCACGAAUCAGUACUUCAGUGGGGUAAAAAUUCCAGACCCUGAGGAUAUGGAACCACUUGAAUUUAAAUUUCCAAACAUCUCUUAUCCCGCCCUGGGGCUCUUAAAGGGCUGUCUCCACAUGAAUCCCGCCGAGAGACUGACAUGUGAGCAGCUGUUGCAGCACCCGUAUUUUGACAGCAUCAGAGAAACAGGGGACUUCACAAAAGAGCAUGACAAACCAACAAGGAAGACCCUGAGACAGAGCCGAACGCACCUGCCAGGGAGUAAAGGAUCUUGGCUGCUGUCCCUUCUGAGUGAGAUGGCCUGCACUCUGUCUAUGGAGUGCAUGAAUAUUGGGCACCCAAGCCCCACACCUCGUGGCCUUUCUCCCGCCUUCUGAAACAGCCUGCACUCUGUGGAUUGCAGUACCUACCUCAGCUGACCAGCAGCAGUGUCCUUCCAGCUUUGGAUAAUAAGAAGUACUACUACAACACCAAGAAACUUAACUACCGUUUUCCAAACAUUUAAAGAGCUUGCAGGCUGAUGAUAAAAAAAAAUUGAUCAGUAAUUUGAAGAAACCAUACAUCUGAUUGAAAACAAUCCCAGGGUUAAAAAAACAUCAGGAGAAAACAUAACUAACUAACUGGGGGAGGCCACUUGGCAGGACGUGAAGGGAAAUUCCAGGGGCAGUCUUCCACGCUUGACGACGGUGUCCAGAACAGAAAGGAAAAACUUGCUUGGAUUUUUCACUUGUAUUCUUGUUGUCUCUAAGUAACUGAGCUUACAGACAGAAAAUAAACUGUAUCUACUGCCCAUACCACUGCAAAAUUACAGAUGCAAAGGAUUUAUGAUUCAACUAUACCAUAUGCAACAAGUGAAAAAUGGAUUACAGAACACCCAUAUGUAUUUCCUUGGAUCCCUGAUGCCUUAAGUCCUAUCUCCUGCCUUUUCAGAUUGUCUCCACAUCAUAUUUAAAGAGAGUUUUCGUUUUUGAAAUCAAAAUGUUUAAAAUUCCAUUUUCUGCUUGCCCCGGCUUUUGAUUUUUAUAUUUUGAAACAUUUUAAUAUUUAAGAGUUGUUCAAAAUAUUUAAAAUCAUGUGGAUUACCAUAAAAGACUAAUUUAUAUGCUUAUAUAUUUAGUGACAAGUCUAUAUAGAUAUUUCUCACAUAUUCUUUUGUCUUUACCUUUAGUAAAGGAUGCAUCUUUGUUAUUUUCACAGGCAAGGUGAAUUUACUGUAAUCCGUCUACACUUGUUCACCCAGUUCCCCUUGCAAACAAUGGCAUGAAGCUUGGCAGCUGACCAAGUAGCCGAACGAGAUCUACCGGCUUCGCAGGACCUGGGCCCGCCAGCCUCAGAGUAAUUAGUGCUUCAUUCUCUCCAGCUCAGCCUCGGACUCGGACACAGAUCUACACGCAGGGCUACAUACAGUGAUCUGAGUUCUGGAAGAAGCUGCUUAUGAGCGUUCACUUGGGUCAUAAAAGACAGUAGGUUAUAAAUCGAUGUUUUCCUUGAAAUAUCUUUUUACACUGUAUAUAUGUAUGUAUAUGUGUCUAGUAUACACAUAGGCAUGUGUAUAUAUACCAACCUAAUAACUAAAAGAUAAUGGCUAAUAACUAGUUCAAAAUGAUAUUAUUGAGGAUUUCUAGCUUUGUACAGAGAUAAUUAAAAUGACGACAUAGAAUUAGCUUUGAUUUGGCCUAUUGCUCCUAUUCAAAAAGCUUUUUCAUCCUUGUCCCCUGGACACAAGGGUGGUAGAAGCUGAUGUCUGUUUCUUAUAGCUCACCUCCAUUUUUGGUUGAUGAGCUGCUAUUUCCCAGCAGUUCUCAGCCGUGGUUUUUGAAGAUGUAUUUUACGGUGUCUUCUAAACAUUUCUUCUGCACUCUCAGCUUUAAUGCUAUGUUGAUUUUCUUCAUAAGCACAUUUGACCUUAUUCUCUUCCUGCUAAAUAAUCCACCAAAUUCUGGUAUCUGUUCAAUAAUUUGGCUACCCCAGCCAGUUUAACGAUACCCUGGGGCUUCCUGAUGUAUGUAGCUUCUUGCACAGAGCUGAUGGCGGGGUAAAUGCUGGUCACAGUACUGUCUAGUUCUUGUUAUGUAGACUUGAUUCAAAUGACAAAGAAGGACAUCCAACUUCUGAGAAUAGUUUACAUUUUGUGUUUUUUUCCCUUACCCCUAACAAUGCACUUGGUGAGGCAGAUGACUAUAACUGCCUAAUUCAUCCUGUAGUUUCAAAAAAAAAAAA